GCAAUCUUUGUUUUGAUAACCCGCUCUUACUUGAGUCAUUGACAGUUCUUGCUCUUCGUACCCUGUGCUAUCGGAUUCAAUAUUUUGAGAUAAUCUAAAUUUAUUAUUUUAAAAAUGGCUGACAUUGUUGUUGUUGGAGGCUGCAUAGUAGAUUUAAUAAGCUAUGCCAAAAGAUUUCCAAAACCUGGAGAAACUCUUGCUGGAAGUCAUUUUUCUAAAGGUUUUGGAGGAAAAGGAGCAAAUCAAUGUGUAAUGGCAAAAAAACUUGGAGCUUCUACUGCAAUCAUAGCUAAGUUAGGUGAUGAUAGUUUUGGACAUGAAUAUUUGCAAAAUCUUAAAGAAAAUAAUAUCCAUUGUGAUUUUGUGAACAUAUCAAAAACAUCUUUUACUAGCACUGCUGCCAAGCACCAUCAAGCAAGCUUUUCAAGUAGCAUAUGUGGCAUGAUUAAACACUUUAUUACAGAAUUUAUAGUUGAAUAUUUUGUGAACAUAUCCAAAAACAUCUUUUACUAGCCUGCUGCCAUUUCUGUCUCAGAUGCAGGUCAAAAUAGUAUCAUUUAUGUACCUGGGGCCAUUAUGGAAUUAACACCACAAGAUAUUGAAGCAGCUGAAAGUAUAAUAAAAGAGUCCAAGGUUAUGUUAUGCACCUAUGAAUGCCCAUUAGAUUCUUUGACAGCAGCACUCACACUGGCCAGAAAAUAUAAUGUAAAAACAGUUGUCAAUGCUGCUCCUGCAGCUACUCCAUCAUAUGAAAACAUCUAUCCAUUAACUGAUGUGAUUUGCCUUAAUGAGACUGAAGCUGAAGAUGCUGCACAAGUGCCUGUGAAAUCCAUCGAAGAUGCAAGUUUAGCAAUUGAAACAUUGUUUAAAAAAGGUUGUUCUACUGUCAUUCUCACUCUUGGAUCUAAAGGAGCAGUGUUUCGACGCAAAAAUGAAAAUACAUAUACUCAUGUACCAGCAAGAAAUGUUAAAGCUGUUGACAGUACUGGUGCAGGAGAUGCAUUUAUGGGUAGUUUUGUAUAUUUUUUGGCUUACCAUCCAAAAAUGAGUAUUAAGGAAGCAGUUGAACAUUCAUGUGAAAUAGCAACUCUGAGUGUUUUAAAGCAAGGCACUCAAAAAAGUUUUCCUACUAGAAAUGAUCUUCCUGAAUACUAUUUUAUUUGAAUAUUUUUAAAUGAAAAAAAAAAUAUUAAUUUUUCUUCUGUGUAAUGAAAUUUAAAGGCUUAAUGUCUGGUAUGUUAUAUGGAUUAUUAAUUAUUUACUCUAUUUUUGUACGGUACUAAGAAUUAGUAUAAUUUUUAUUAUUUUUGAAAGCAAUGUAAUUUUAUUUAAAAUUUUUUCUAUUUUAAAAUACUUAAAGCUUAUUUAUAAAUCAAUACUUUGAUGUGCAUUUAAAAAUAAAUAUAUAAGUUUCUGAAUAAAAUAAUAGCUUUAAAACUGCACAUGAUAAGCACUGAAUAAAAUAAAAUUAAACUGCUAGAAAAUAUUGUAGCUUGUAGUCACAUUUUUAAAUAUAUGAAUGACGUGAUUCAUUAAGAGAUCAAAAAAAAAAUUCAUUAACCAACCAGGUUGUUAGAUUAUAAAGGAAUAAAUGUCAAACAAUAUGUCAUAAUAUAACAGUACUCUAUAGUACUGAAAUGUAUAUUAGAGUGUUAUUUUAGAAAAUGAAUUAUAUUAUAUUAUAUAUAUAUACAUGUAUGCUAUUUUUGAUGAAUGGAAAUUUGAUUUUAAAAAUGUUUUAAAUGAUAAUAAAUCUACCUGCGUUACUGAAAAUGUUUAUUUCUGAAACAAAUUAUUUUUGUACUUUUAAAUGGAUUCAGAAAUUUCGUCUGAAAAUCAUACAAAAAAUAUUGAGUACUAUAUUAAUUUAUGUUGUAUUACAUACACAUUUUCAUUUUUAUGUAAUGUGAAAAUUAAGUUUAAUUAUACAAUGCAAAAAAUCAUUCAUUGAAUCCACGCUGUUUGCUUUGAUAAAAUGUUUGUUCUUUAAUAAUAAAUUCAACUGAUACAAA